CCCCAGUCUUCUCCCUCCAUGCCUGAGGGUGAGUCACAGACUCGGCAAAAGGCAUGGAGAGUUGCUCCAGCCCUGAAUGAAGCAGUCCAGCUGUUGCCUUCCUGUAGGGGUGGAGUAGGGGGGUCGGAGCUGGAUAUCACAGGCUGCCUGAGCUGCAAUUGCACCACUGAGCUUGGAGUGGGGCAGGCCAGGAGGACUCCUGGCGGAGACUACGAGGCAGCUCUCUUCCUAACCUGAUGGGAGGAACUCCCUGCUCAGCCUGACUUCUGAGACUCAGCAACAACACGUUUGUUUUGCUGAAGUUCUGCGUGCCUCGCUUUGCAGAGGGCUGCUUGGAGGAGCUGAUCCCGCACUGGCAGCCUUUAUCUGUUUGAACUACAGAACCAUUUCUGAGAACUUUUGUUUCUUUGUUUUGCUUCGGGGAGACAACUCAGACCAGAAGACACUGAGGCUGACGGUGAGGCUGAUGCAGAAGAUGACUCUGUCGACGAAGUGACAACUGAAAACAUACGACCAAGACCACAAGGAUCCUCUCCUGUUUAUGAGUAUUGCAUAGAAGAUGAAUAUUUUAACAAAAAGCUUCAGCAAGAUAUAGAGAACAGACAAAGACGGGAUUCUUCUAUCAAAAUGAGUGAUUCACAGGAAUCUAUGGAGGUUACCUUACAAACGGAAGUCGAAUCUGGUGCAAGUGGAUUUAGUGUGGCUGGUGGAGGAACUGAAGGAUUAUUUGUGAAGCAAGUGCUCAAAGAGUCCCCAGCAUCAAAGUUAUUCAGUCUGAGAGAAGGUGAUCAGCUUCUAAGUGCCACAAUCUUUUUCGAUAAUAUCAAAUAUGAAGAUGCACUCAAGAUUCUGCAGUAUUCCGAGCCGUACAAAGUACAGUUCAACCUCAAAAGAAAGCUCGCCAGGAAGGAAGAUCUUGAAACAAUGCAUUUUGCAACGCAAUCCAAAAAAGAAAAAACGAGUCAGGGGAAGGAAGCACCGGAAACAUCAGAAAAGACAUUCACAGAAGAAGAUAAAGCAGACUUAAUUGUAAAACAAAGAGUUGGAAGACCAAAAAGAUCCAAGAAGGACAGACUUUCCUGGCCAAAAUUCCAGUCAUUAAAAGGUAAAAAGAUACUGGGGCAAAGGAGAUCUCGUAGCACGUCAGAUGCAUACGAACAUGCGAUUCCCGAUAUAUCCCCAACAAGCACAGACACAGAAUCACAAUUUCAGCCAGAAGAAAUUCACGCAAAAGUUAAAAGAGGAAGUCAAAAGAAACUAAGAUUCCCCAGUAUUGGAUUCAAGAUGCACAGAACUAAACAAGAACCAGAGGAGAGGACAAAAUACGAAGUCAAACCUCUCACAGACUAUGAAAAUGAUACUGCGCAGGAAAUCCCAGAAUUAAUAACAGUGCAAUAUUCUACUUCAUGGGCUAAAGAGAAAAAACUGGAAGAAAUACAGGAACACAGAAAAGAUGCUAAGGAAACAAAAUUUGAACUGCCAUACCAUACAGGUAAAUACCCUGAAGUUGAAUUAACAAUUAAAAAAACAAAAGAAAAGAAAUCAAAAUCCAAAGCCAUCACAAAAAAAUCAGAAACGACAGUGAUAACAACACAGAUAACAAAACCUAUAUUGCAAACAGGUGAAAUACAAGAUGUACAAAUAAAACCGAUAACACCACCAAAACAACGAAAAAAGAAGCAAAAGGGAUCCACAGAAAAAAUGUAUACAAAAUUACAAAUGGACAACGAACAAACAGAAAAAGGAAAAAAAGACAUGGAUGGCAUCCGAGGAGUAAUUAAUCAAAAUGAAGAAGAUUCAAACGUCAUGAUAGCAACACCUGACAUACGUAUGCCGACAGCCAAAGCUUCUUUGGAACUUAAAACUCCACACAUACAACUAGAGACACCAUCAACUGAUAUGUCUCUGGGUGCUGCUGAGAUUAAGAAAGAGGGCAUGGACACUACGUUUAAAAUGCCAAAAUUCCAAAUGCCAAAAUUUGGAACAGAAAUGAAGGCUCCAGACUUAAAGGUUGAGGCACAAUCGGCUGAUAUUGCUGUAGGUGGAGUUGAAGCUAAUCUGGAGGGCACCGACAAUAAAUUUACGAUGCCAAAACUCCAAAUGCCCAAGUUUGGAAUGUCACUUCCCAAGGAGAAACUCGCUGCAGAGGGAGAAAUCACCUUACCUUCUGUGGAAGUGGAUAUCUCCAAACCAGAACUGAAAGGGGAAGUGACCCUGCCCUCUGUGGGCAUCGAGACUGACGUGAAAUUGCCUGGAGCUGAAAUGAAGGUACCUAGCGUUGAGUUGGAGGUCUCUGAGAAGGGCAAAAUCAAAACACCUGAUGUCAAAAUGCCAAGCGUCAAGGUCCCAAAAAUAAAACCUCCUCAAAUGGGAGUCUCACUGCCCAAGGUUGAAGCAGACAUCUCUGUUCCGAAAGCAAAAGUGGAAAUUCCAGAGGCAGAGGUCUCUGUUAAGGUGCCUGAUGCAGAAGGAAGCAUCGAGGGUGGCGGAAUGAAAAUACACAUGCCAAAGUUCAAGAUGCCGAGUAUGGGUUUCUCCAAACCAGAAAUCAAAGGUCCCAAAGUCGAUGUGGACAUCAGCGCACCCAAGGUUGACAUUGCUCUUCCGGACGUCAGUGUAACCAAGCCUGAGAUCAAAGCAGGUGACAUUUCAGCAGACAUGAAGUUCACAGCACCUGACAUAAAGAUUCCAAAGGGGGAGGCUUCCUUGGAACUGAAGGCUCCAGACUUGAAGGUUGAGGCACCAUCAGCAGAUGUCAUUCUAGGCGGAGUUGAAGCAAAGCUGGAGGGUACGGACAGUAAAUUUAAGAUGCCAAAAUUCCAAAUGCCCAAGUUUGGAAUGUCACUUCACAAAGGGAAGGCCGCUGCAGAGGGAGAAAUCACCUUACCUUCUAUGGAAGUGGAUAUCUCCAAACCAGAACUGAAAGGGGAAGUGACCCUGCCAUCUGUGGCCAUCGAGACUGACGUGAAAUUGCCUGAAGCUGAAAUGAAGGCACCUAGUGUGGAGUUGGAGGUCUCUGAGAAGGGCAAAAUCAAAAUGCCUGAUGUCAAAAUGCCAAGCGUCAAGGUUUCCAAAAUGAAGACUCCUCAAGUGGGAGUCUCACUGCCAAAGGUUGAAGCAGACAUCUCUGUUCCCAAAGCAAAAGUGGAAAUUCCAGAGGCAGAGGUCUCUGUUAAGGUCCCUGAAGCAGAAGGAAGCAUCGAGGGUGGCGGAAUGAAAAUACACAUGCCAAAGUUCAAGAUGCCCAGUAUGGGUUUCUCCAAACCAGAAAUCAAAGGUCCCAAAGUCGAUGUGGACAUCAGCGCACCCAAGGUUGACAUCGCUCUUCCGGACGUCAGUGACAUUUCAGCAGACAUGAAGUUCACAGCACCUGACAUAAAGAUUCCAAAGGGGGAGGCUUCCUUGGAACUGAAGGCUCCAGACCUAAAGCUUGAGGCACCAUCGGCUGAUAUUGAUGUAGGUGGCAUUGAAGCGAAGCUGGAGGGCACAGACAGUAAAUUUAAGAUGCCCAAAUUCCAUAUGCCCAAGUUUGGAAUGUCAGUUCCCAAGGGGAAAGCUGUUGCAGAGGGAGAAAUCACCUUACCUUCUGCGGAAGUGGAUGUUUCCAAACCAGAACUGAAAGGGGAAGUGACCCUGCCCUCUGUGGGCAUCGAGACUGAUGUGAAAUUGCCUGGAGCUAAAAUGAAGGCACCUAGUGUGGAGUUGGAGGCCGCUGAGAAGGGCAAAAUAAAAAUGCCUGAUGUCAAAAUGCCAAGCGUCAAGGUUCCCAAAAUGAAGACUCCUCAAGUGGGAGUAUCGCUGCCAAACACUGAGGGAGACAUCUCUGUUCCCAAAGCAAAAGUGGAAAUUCCAGAAACAGAGGUCUCUGUUAAGGUGCCUGAUGCAGAAGGUAGCAUUGAUGGUGGCGGGAUGAAAAUACACAUGCCAAAGUUCAAGAUGCCCAGUAUGGGUUUCUCCAAACCAGAAAUCAAAGGUCCCAAAGUUGAUGUGGACGUCAGCUCACCCAAGGUUGACAUCGCUCUUCCAGACGUCAGUGUAACCAAGCCUGAGAUCAAAGCAGGUGACAUUUCAGCAGAUAUCAAGUUCACAGCACCCGACGUGAAGAUUCCAAAGGGAGAAGCUUCCUUGGAACUGAAGGCUCCAGACUUGAAGGUUGAGGCACCAUCGGCUGAUAUUGAUGUAGGUGGCAUUGAAGCUAAGCUGGAGGGUACGGGCAGUAAAUUUAAGAUGCCAAAAUUUCAAAUGCCCAAGUUUGGAAUGUCACCUUCCACAGGGAAAGCCACUGCAGAGGGAGAAAUCAGCUUACCUUCUGUGGAAGUGGAUAUCUCCAAACCAGAACUGAAAGGGGAAGUGACCCUGCCCUCUGUGGGCAUUGAGACUGACGUGAAAUUGCCUGAAGCUGAAAUGAAGGCACCUAGUGUGCAGUUGGAGGUUGCUGAGAAGGGCAAAAUCAAAAUGCCUGAUGUCAAAAUGCCAAGCGUCAAGGUUCCCAAAAUGAAGACUCCUCAAGUGGGAGUCUCACUGCCAGAGGUUGAGGCAGACAUCUCUAUUCCCAAAGCAAAAGUGGAAAUUCCAGAGGUAGAGGUCUCUGUUAAGGUGCCUGAUGCAGAAGGCAGCAUUGAUGGUGGCGGGAUGAAAAUACACGUGCCAAAGUUCAAGAUGCCCAGUAUGGGUUUCUCCAAACCAGAAAUCAAAGGUCCCAAAGUCGAUAUGGACAUCAGCGCACCCAAGGCUGACAUUGCUCUUCCAGACGUCAGUGUAACCAAGCCUGAGAUCAAAGCAGGUGACAUUUCAGCAGAUAUCAAGUUCACAACACCCGACGUGAAGAUUCCAAAGGGAGAAGCUUCCUUGGAACUGAAGGCUCCAGACCUAAACGUUGAGGCACCAUCGGCACAUGUCACUCUACGUGGAGUUGAAGCGAAGCUGGAGGGUACGGACAGUAAAUUUAAGAUGCCAAAAUUUCAAAUGCCCAAAUUUGGAAUGUCACUUCCCAAGGGGAAAGCCGCUGCAGAGGGAGAAAUCACCUUACCUUCUGUGGAAGUGGAUGUUUCCAAACCAGAACUGAAAGGGGAAGUGACCCUGCCCUCUGUGGGCAUCGAGACUGACGUGAAAUUGCCCGGAGUUGAAAUGAAGGCACCUAGUGAGGAGUUGGAGGUCGCUGAGAAGGGCAAAAUCAAAAUGCCUGAUGUCAAAAUGCCAAGCGUCAAAGUUCCCAAGCUGAAGACUCCUCAAGUCGGAGUUUCACUGCCCAAGGUUGAAGCAGACAUCUCUGUUCCCAAAGCAAAAGUGGAAAUUCCAGAAGCAGAGGUCUCUGUUAAGGUGCCUGAUGCAGAAGGCAGCAUCGAGGUUGGAGGGAUGAAAAUACACACGCCAAAGUUCAAGAUGCCCAGUAUGGGUUUCUCCAAACCAGAAAUCAAAGGUCCCAAAGUCGAUGUGGACGUCAGCGCACCCAAGGUUGACAUUGCUCUUCCAGACGUCAGUGUAACCAAGCCUGAGAUCAAAGCAGGUGACAUUUCAGCAGACAUGAAGUUCACAGCACCUGACGUACAGUUUCCAAAAGGAGAGACUUCCUUGGAACUGAAGGCUCCAGACCUAAACGUUGAGUCACCAUCGGCAGUUGUCACUCUAGGUGGAGUUGAAGCGAAGCUGGAGGGUACGGACAGUAAAUUUAAGAUGCCAAAACUCCAAAUGCCCAAGUUUGGAAUGUCACUUCCCAAGGGGAAAGCCACUGCAGAGGGAGAAAUUACCUUACCUUCUAUGGAAUUGGAUGUUUCCAAACCAGAACUGAAAGGGGAAGUGACCCUGCCCUCUGUGGGCAUCGAGACCGACGUGAAAUUGCCCAGAGCUGAAAUGAAGGCACCUAGUGUGGAGUUGGAGGUUGCUGAGAAGGGCAAAAUCAAAAUGCCUGAUGUCAAAAUGCCAAGCGUCAAGGUUCCCAAAAUGAGGACCCCUCAGGUGGGAGUCUCACUGCCAAAGGUUGAAGCAGACAUCUCCCUUCCCAAAGCAAAAGUGGAAAUUCCAGAGGCAGAUGUCUCUGUUAAGGUGCCUGAUGCAGAAGGCAGCAUUGAUGGUGGCGGGAUGAAAAUACACAUGCCAAAGUUCAAGAUGCCCAGUAUGGGUUUCUCCAAACCAGAAAUCAAAGGUCCCAAAGUCGAUAUGGACAUCAGCGCACCCAAGGUUGACAUUGCUCUUCCAGAUGUCAGUGUAACCAAGCCUGAAAUCAAAGCAGGUGACAUUUCAGCAGACAUGAAGUUCACAGCACCUGACAUAAAGAUUCCAAAGGGGGAAGCUUCCUUGGAACUGAAGGCUCCAGACUUUAAGGUUGAGGCACCAUCGGCUGAUAUUGAUGUAGGUGGCAUUGAAGCAAAGCUGGAGGGCACAGACAGUAAAUUUAAGAUGCCAAAACUCCAAAUGCCCAAGUUUGGAAUGUCACUUCCAAAAGGGAAAGCCACUGCAGAGGGAGAAAUCAGCUUACCUUCUGUGGAAGUGGAUAUCUCCAAACCAGAACUGAAAGGGGAAGUGACCCUGCCCUCUGUGGGCAUCGAGACUGACGUGAAAUUGCCCCGAUCUGAAAUGAAGGCACCUAGUGUGGAGUUGGAGGUCGCUGAGAAGGGCAAAAUCAAAAUGCCUGAUGUCAAAAUGCCAAGCGUCAAGGUUCCCAAAAUGAAGACUCCUCAAGUGGGAGUCUCACUGCCAAAGGUUGAAGCAGACAUCUCCCUUCCCAAAGCAAAAGUGGAAAUUCCAGAGGCAGAGGUCUCUGUUAAGGUCCCUGAAGCAGAAGGAAGCAUUGAUAGUGGAGGGAUGAAAAUACACAUGCCAAAGUUCAAGAUGCCCAGUAUGGGUUUCUCCAAACCAGAAAUCAAAGGUCCCAAAGUUGAUGUGGACGUCAGCUCACCCAAGGUUGACAUCGCUCUUCCAGAUGUCAGUGUAACCAAGCCUGAAAUCAAAGCAGGUGACAUUUCAGCAGACAUGAAGUUCACAGCACCUGACAUAAAGAUUCCAAAGGGGGAAGCUUCCUUGGAACUGAAGGCUCCAGACUUUAAGGUUGAGGCACCAUCGGCUGAUAUUGAUGUAGGUGGCAUUGAAGCAAAGCUGGAGGGCACAGACAGUAAAUUUAAGAUGCCAAAACUCCAAAUGCCCAAGUUUGGAAUGUCACUUCCAAAAGGGAAAGCCACUGCAGAGGGAGAAAUCAGCUUACCUUCUGUGGAAGUGGAUAUCUCCAAACCAGAACUGAAAGGGGAAGUGACCCUGCCCUCUGUGGGCAUCGAGACUGACGUGAAAUUGCCCCGAUCUGAAAUGAAGGCACCUAGUGUGGAGUUGGAGGUCGCUGAGAAGGGCAAAAUCAAAAUGCCUGAUGUCAAAAUGCCAAGCGUCAAGGUUCCCAAAAUGAAGACUCCUCAAGUGGGAGUCUCACUGCCAAAGGUUGAAGCAGACAUCUCCCUUCCCAAAGCAAAAGUGGAAAUUCCAGAGGCAGAGGUCUCUGUUAAGGUCCCUGAAGCAGAAGGAAGCACUGAUAGCGGAGGGAUGAAAAUGCACAUGCCAAAGUUCAAGAUGCCCAGUAUGGGUUUCUCCAAACCAGAAAUCAAAGGUCCCAAAGUCGAUAUGGACAUCAGCGCACCCAAGGUUGACAUUGCUCUUUCGGACGUCAGUGUAACCAAGCCUGAGAUCAAAGCAGGUGACAUUUCAGCAGAUAUCAAGUUCUCUGCACCUGACAUAAAGAUUCCAAAGGGGGAAGCUUCCUUGGAACUGAAGGCUCCAGACUUUAAGGUUGAGGCACCAUCGGCUGAUAUUGAUGUAGGUGGCAUUGAAGCAAAGCUGGAGGGCACAGACAGUAAAUUUAAGAUGCCAAAACUCCAAAUGCCCAAGUUUGGAAUGUCACUUCCAAAAGGGAAAGCCACUGCAGAGGGAGAAAUCAGCUUACCUUCUGUGGAAGUGGAUAUCUCCAAACCAGAACUGAAAGGGGAAGUGACCCUGCCCUCUGUGGGCAUCGAGACUGAUGUGAAAUUGCCCCGAUCUGAAAUGAAGGCACCUAGUGUGGAGUUGGAGGUCGCUGAGAAGGGCAAAAUCAAAAUGCCUGAUGUCAAAAUGCCAAGCGUCAAGGUUCCCAAAAUGAAGACUCCUCAAGUGGGAGUCUCACUGCCAAAGGUUGAAGCAGACAUCUCCCUUCCCAAAGCAAAAGUGGAAAUUCCAGAGGCAGAGGUCUCUGUUAAGGUCCCUGAAGCAGAAGGAAGCAUUGAUAGUGGAGGGAUGAAAAUACACAUGCCAAAGUUCAAGAUGCCCAGUAUGGGUUUCUCCAAACCAGAAAUCAAAGGUCCCAAAGUUGAUGUGGACGUCAGCUCACCCAAGGUUGACAUCGCUCUUCCAGAUGUCAGUGUAACCAAGCCUGAAAUCAAAGCAGGUGACAUUUCAGCAGACAUGAAGUUCACAGCACCUGACAUAAAGAUUCCAAAGGGGGAAGCUUCCUUGGAACUGAAGGCUCCAGACUUUAAGGUUGAGGCACCAUCGGCUGAUAUUGAUGUAGGUGGCAUUGAAGCAAAGCUGGAGGGCACAGACAGUAAAUUUAAGAUGCCAAAACUCCAAAUGCCCAAGUUUGGAAUGUCACUUCCAAAAGGGAAAGCCACUGCAGAGGGAGAAAUCAGCUUACCUUCUGUGGAAGUGGAUAUCUCCAAACCAGAACUGAAAGGGGAAGUGACCCUGCCCUCUGUGGGCAUCGAGACUGACGUGAAAUUGCCCCGAUCUGAAAUGAAGGCACCUAGUGUGGAGUUGGAGGUCGCUGAGAAGGGCAAAAUCAAAAUGCCUGAUGUCAAAAUGCCAAGCGUCAAGGUUCCCAAAAUGAAGACUCCUCAAGUGGGAGUCUCACUGCCAAAGGUUGAAGCAGACAUCUCCCUUCCCAAAGCAAAAGUGGAAAUUCCAGAGGCAGAGGUCUCUGUUAAGGUCCCUGAAGCAGAAGGAAGCAUUGAUAGUGGAGGGAUGAAAAUGCACAUGCCAAAGUUCAAGAUGCCCAGUAUGGGUUUCUCCAAACCAGAAAUCAAAGGUCCCAAAGUCGAUAUGGACAUCAGCGCACCCAAGGUUGACAUUGCUCUUUCGGACGUCAGUGUAACCAAGCCUGAGAUCAAAGCAGGUGACAUUUCAGCAGAUAUCAAGUUCUCUGCACCCGACGUGAAGAUUCCAAAGGGGGAGGCUUCCUUAGAACUGAAGGCUCCAGACUUUAAGGUUGAGGCACCAUCGGCUGAUAUUGAUGUAGGUGGCAUUGAAGCAAAGCUGAAGGGUACGGACAGUAAAUUUAAGAUGCCAAAACUCCAAAUGCCCAAGUUUGGAAUGUCACUUCCCAAAGGAAAAACCACUGCAGAGGGAGAAAUUACCUUACCUUCUAUGGAAGUGGAUGUUUCCAAACCAGAACUGAAAGGGGAAGUGACCCUGCCCUCUGUGGGCAUCGAGACUGAUGUGAUGUUCCCCGGAGCUGAAAUGAAGGCACCUAGUGUGGAGUUGGAGGUUGCUGAGAAGGGCAAAAUCAAAAUGCCUGAUGUCAAAAUGCCAAGCGCCAAGGUUCCCAAAAUGAAGACUCCUCAGGAGGUAGUCUCACUGCCCAAGCUUGAAGCAGACAUCUCUGUUCCCAAAGCAAAAGUGGAAAUUCCAGAGGCAGAGGUCUCUGUUAAGGUGCCUGAUGCAGAAGUCAGCAUUGAGGGUGGCGGAAUGAAAAUACACAUGCCAAAGUUCAAGAUGCCCAGCAUGGGUUUCUCCAAAUCAGAGAUCAAAGGUCCCAAAGUUGAUGUGGACGUCAGCGCACCCAAGGUUGACAUUGCUCUUCCAGACGUCAGUGUAACCAAGUCUGAGAUCAAAGCAGGUGACAUUUCAGCAGACAUGAAGUUCACCGCACCUGAUGUACAGUUUCCAAAGGGGGAGGCUUCCUUGGAACUGAAGGCUCCAGACCUAAAGAUUGAGGCACCAUCAGCGGAUUUCGCUCUAGGUGGAGUUGAAGCGAAGCUGGAGGGAACGGACAGUAAAUUUAAGAUGCCGAAAUUCCAUAUGCCCAAGUUCGGAAUGUCACUUCCCAAGGGGAAAGCUGUUGCAGAGGGAGAAAUCACCUUACCUUCUGUGGAAGUGGAUGUUUCCAAACCAGAACUGAAAGGGGAAGUGACCCUGCCCUCUGUGGGCAUCGAGACUGAUGUGAAAUUGCCCGGAGCUGAAAUGAAGGCUCCAAGUGUGGAGUUGGAGGUUUCUGAGAAGGGAAAACUCAAAAUGCCUGACGUCAAAAUGCCAAGCAUGAAGGUCCCUGAGCUGAAGACUCCUCAAGUGGGAGUCUCGCUGCCGAAGGCUGAGGGAGACAUCUCUGUUCCCAAAGCAAAAGUGGAAAUUCCAGAGACAGAGGUCUCAGUUAAAGUGCCUGAUGCAGAAGGCAGCAUCGAGGGUGGAGGGAUGAAAAUACACAUGCCAAAGUUCAAGAUGCCCAGCAUAGGUUUCUCCAAACCAGAAAUCAAAGGUCCCAAAGUCGAUGUGGAUGUCAGCGCCCCCAAGUUUGACAUUGCUCUUCCAGACGUCAGUGUAACCAAGCCUGAGAUCAAAGCAGGUGACAUUUCAGCAGACAUGAAGUUCACCGCACCUGAUGUACAGUUUCCAAAGGGGGAGGCUUCCUUGGAACUGAAGGCUCCAGACCUAAACGUUGAGGCACCAUCGGCACAUGUCACUCUAGGUGGAGUUGAAGCGACGCUGGAGGGCACGGACAGUAAAUUUAAGAUGCCAAAAUUCCAAAUGCCCAAGUUUGGAAUGUCACUUCCCAAGGGGAAAGCCACUGCAGAGGGAGAAAUCACCUUACCUUCUGUGGAAGUGGAGAUCUCCAAACCAGAACUGAAAGGGGAAGUGACCCUGCCCUCUGUGGGCAUCGAGACUGACGUGAAAUUGCCCGGAGCUGAAAUGAAGGCACCUAGUGUGGAGUUGGAGGUCUCUGAGAAGGGCAAAAUCAAAAUGCCUGAUGUCAAAAUGCCAAGCGUCAAAGUUCCCAAGCUGAAGACUCCUCAAGUGGGAGUCUCACUGCCAAAGGUUGAAGCAGACAUCUCCCUUCCCAAAGCAAAAGUGGAAGUUCCACAGGCAGAGGUCUCUGUUAAGGAGCCUGAUGCAGAAGGCAGCAUUGAUGGUGGCGGGAUGAAAAUACACAUGCCAAAGUUCAAGAUGCCGAGCAUGGGUUUCUCCAAAUCAGAGAUCAAAGGUCCCAAAGUCGAUAUGGACAUCAGCGCACCCAAGGUUGACAUUGCUCUUCCAGACGUCAGUGUAACCAAGCCUGAGAUCAAAGCAGGCGACAUUUCAGCAGACAUCAGCCUUUCAGCACCUGACGUGAAGUUUCCAAAAGGAGAGGCUUCCUUGGAGCUGAAGGCUCCAGACCUAAACGUUGAGGCACCAUCGGCACAUGUCACUCUAGGUGGAGUUGAAGCGAAGCUGGAGGGCACGGACAGUAAAUUUAAGAUGCCAAAAUUCCAAAUGCCCAAGUUUGGAAUGUCACUUCCCAAGGGGAAACCCGCUGCAGAGGGAGAAAUCACCUUACCUUCUGUGGAAGUGGAUAUCUCCAAACCAGAACUGAAAGGGGAAGUGACCCUGCCCUCU